GAUUGUAAUAAAAGAUUCUGAAUUAUGAACCCUAACGAAGACGAAGACGAAGACGAAGACGAGAUUUUGCUCGAGCGAGCAUUGAUGAAGAAACUCAGCCUUCAAGGGCUUUGUAAGCUGCCAUUCUCUCGAUUUUGUUUAUGAAUUGAAACGGAGUUCCAGUUCGAGUGGAUUUUUGUUUGAUAUUACUACUUUCAAGUUUCAUUCAACUUCUUUUGGGCGAUUCUGAAUAUCCCUGCGGAUUCUUGCUGUUUUCUGCUUGGAAUUCAGAUACCAACGUUGAAAUGUCGGGGCGGGCUGAUGGGGGAAGGGAUCGAUACCGGAGAGAUUAUUCGUCGAGAUAUGACGAGAAGUCGCAGUCUGGGCAUAGCAAUAGCAGUAAUCCUCCGUCGAGACAUCUCUGGAUCGGCAAUUUGUCUCAUGUUGUGGUGGAGCGGGAUAUCAACCGCUGUUUUUCACAGUUUGGAGAGCUUGACAGUAUUGCUUUCCAGCCCAGUCGUAGCUAUGCUUUCAUCAAUUUCAGAAGGGAUGAAGAUGCAAUUGCAGCCAUGAGAGAGCUUCAAGGUUUUGAUCUUGCAGGGAAUCCCCUUAGAAUUGAGUUUGCCAAGGCGGAUAAGCCAUCUGCAUCAUCACGUGAUGAAGCCUAUUCUCAACACCGAGAGGAUAAAUAUCUUGGAGCGAAGGGUUCCUUCUCACAGGGACGACAUGCUAGUCCUGACGAAUUUUAUCCUGAAAAGUCCAAAAUGAAUGAUAAAAAUGCAGAGCCUAGUGAAGUGUUAUGGAUAGGAUUUCCAGCUUUGUUAAAAGUGGAUGAAGUGAUAUUAAGGAGGGCCUUUUCACCAUUUGGGGAAAUUGAUAAGAUUACAACGUUCCCUGGUCGGACGUAUGCUUUUGUUCGUUUUCGGGGCGUGACAUCAGCUUGGAGGGCGAAAGAAACACUACAAGGGAAACUAUUUGGUAAUCCCCGAGUACAUAUUUGUUUCGCAAAAAGUGAUUCUGGAUCAUCAAACAGUGGAAGGAACUCAAUGAAUGUACCUCUUUCUCCAAGAUCUCCUCACCUUUUCUCAAACUUAGAUUCUGGAGAAUUUGAUUCCCGUGGUCUUAAUAGGAAAAGCAAUUUAUUGACCAGUGGAAACAAUGCAUUUGAAAUGAAGAGGUCUGGAGAAUUCUCAUCCAAAUUAGGUCUAUCCGAAGAUAGGUAUGAACAUUAUGAUAGCCCGACAAAAGAGAGAGGUCUUCAUUUAAAUAACUUCCCUCAAAGAUUUUCUCAACCUAGUCUAUUUUAUGACGAUCCAUGGGACUUGCCAGAGGAUACGAACGUAUAUCCCGGGUCCAAGAAAUUGAAGACUGGACCCUUUCCCCAGGAUAAAGAGCUCCCUGAGUAUCCUAUAUCUGAUUUGGAACAAGAUAAACGUAUUAUUCCAAAGUUAUACCCUGAUUUUCCCCGAUCAGAGGCCUUUGAUCAUAAGAUGAAGUCUGGGCCGCCUCUGGGGUAUAAACAGCCUGAUCAGCCUAUGACAAUGCCUGACCCUUAUGGAGAAAAGAGUGAACACUGGAGGGAACCGUACGAUAAUUUUCAGGGUCCUGAUUCUCUGCCAUCGAAUGCUGUUGCAAGGAAAAGGCUCUCACCUGAUCCAGAACAGUCGUCUAUAAAAGAGUGGAAAUGGGAAGGAACUAUUGCAAAGGGAGGAACACCUGUUUGUCGUGCCCGCUGUUUUCCUGUGGGAAAGGUUCUGGAUUUGCUUUUGCCAGAGUUCUUAGACUGUACGGCAAGAACUGGUUUAGACAUGCUUUCAAAGCAUUACUAUGAAGCAGCUAGUGCUUGGGUUGUUUUCUUUGUACCUGAAAGCGAUUCUGAUAUCGUGUUCUACAAUGAAUUCAUGAACUAUCUCGGCGAAAAGCAACGAGCAGCUGUUUCGAAGUUGGAUGACAGAACCACCUUGUUUCUUGUACCACCAUCUGAGUUCUCAGAAAAAGUGCUCAAAGUACCAGGUAAAUUGAGCAUUUCAGGGGUAAUUCUGAGGCUAGAGCGUCCUGGUACCAGUGCAAGGCCUCCACCUUAUCAAAACGAAACAAAAGACACAAAUUUUUUACCUUUACAUAGUGAAACAUCAUAUACAAAACUACCGCCGUCUCCAGCUGUUUUUACCCCAAUACCACCAUCUUUAUCUGAUCUCAGUAAAUCUGGAAUCAAUACUACAUCAUUCCCCAGGAAUGUUGCUACUUCUGCUUCUCCUGUGUUAUUUCAUGGUUCAUCACAGUCUGUUGGAAAUUUGUCUGACCCAUAUGUUGAGUGCAGGCCUGAUUAUCCAAUUCAAGAACAGCUAAAUGCCAUGGGACCGAGCUCAUCUUCUCACCAUCUACAGAAUUCAAUGGUCGAUUUUCGAAAUUUUCAGUCACAAGCUUCCAACAAGGAUCCUGUUAUUCAGGAACGCCCUUUGUUCAUUCCAAGGGAAAUUGAGGAAACAGGUUACAGUAAUUACGCAGUUGGGCUUUCUAGUGUUACAACUCAACAAGAAACAAAACCGGCAGCUUCUUUGGCAACUACUCUUUCCUCCCUACCGCCCGACCAACUGGUGCAAUUAGCAUCCUCUCUCCUUGGACAUCAAAGGCAGUCGGGGAGCACGCCAAAGGCAGCCUUGCAUGAAGAAUUGAGGCAGCGAAACCAGGUGAAUGAAUCUGUUGUACAAUUGGCAAGGUCCCAAAAUGGUUCUUUUCAGAAUAAUCUGAUGAACUCUGAGCCUCAGACAUCUCAGUUUGUUCAAGUUCCACAGAUGCAUCAUGUACAACAACACCAGAUGUCGAAUCAGAUGUCGAACGUUCCUGCUGGGCACCUUACAGCACAAAGAGAGAUUCAGACAGCAGGGGCUUUAGGCAAUAAUCAACAGGUUCAAAACUCUGAUGUAGGUGGAGAAUCAGAACCAGAUCCACAGAAACGCCUGCAAGCGACGCUUCAGCUUGCAGCUGCUCUUCUCCAGCAAAUUCAUCAAGGAAAAGGAAGUUGAUCUGGCUCGUUUGAUCGUGUAAAACAAACUAAUAUGGAGUUCAGCAAGUAUGGGAUGAAUAGCCAUCCUACAGAUGGUGUGAAGAAAUUAACAGAUUCUAAGGGAGAGAUGAGCAUCAUCAGCCACUUGCCAGAAGUAAUAUUUGUUAUCCUAAGUAACAUGUCCUUUUAUUAAGCCUGUUUAUAAGAUGUUGAUUAGCUAGCUAGUUAGUAUCCACUGCUGCUACUGCUUUAAUGCUAUUAGAAACAGAAGCCCUUUGUGGUAGUAAUGCCGUUUUGUUUCAAGUCUUGACAUUUUGUUGGUCCUUAUCUUGUUGUACCUUAGUUAUUACUACUUGGGAUAAGAGUUCCAUUUCCUUGGUUCUGCUGGAA